AUAAAACUCAUGAAACAAGGAAGACAAAAUAGAACUCACCGAACAAGAAUAAUAAUAACUCUGCAAGCAACGAUUUGGGCCUGAUGGAGCUUAACUACUAAUGGACCUUAAGGCCCAUAUAACAGAGAUCACUGAAAAUGAUGCAGCCAAGUGGACUUGCUUUAAACACGUGGGUAUUCAGGACCGCCCAAUUUCUCAACGCCAUUUGUUGUCACUCACUCUGUAAAGUAUAAACCCUAAAAAUCGAAUCUUUCCGAUUAGCCGAUCCCUCCACCGGAAAAUCGGAAGAAGCGUAAAUGGCGGAUGUUGAAGAUCGUGCGGCGAAGGGGAUCUCUGACUACGAUCAAGGUGGUGUAAAGACGACGGAACUGGAAAGGAAGAUUGAGGAUAUGGAGAACAAGAAUCAGGAGCUCACGAGAGAGAAUCGUGAAUUGAAGGAGAGGUUAGAGAGGCUUACGGGAGAAAUUGAAGAGAUGAAAGACGUAGAAGCGGAGAUGAAUCAGAGAUUCGGAGAGAUGGAGAAAGAGAUCGAGGAGUACGAGGAAGAGAAGAAGGCUUUGGAAGCUAUUUCUACUAGAGCUGUGGAGCUUGAAACUGAGGUGUCGAAUCUUCAUGACGAUCUGAUCACUUCCUUGAACGGAGUGGAUAAGACGGCGGAAGAAGUGGCGGAGCUGAAGAAAGCGUUGGCGGAGAUAGUGGAGAAGCUGGAGGGGUGUGAGAAGGAAGCUGAGGGUUUAAGGAAAGAUAGAGCUGAGGUUGAGAAGAGGGUUAGGGAUUUGGAAAGGAAGAUUGGGGUUUUGGAAGUGAGGGAAAUGGAGGAGAAGAGUAAGAAACUUAGAUCAGAAGAGGAAAUGAGGGAGAUAGAUGAUGAGAAAAAGAGAGAGAUUGAGGAAUUGCAGAAGACAGUCAUUGUUUUGAAUCUGGAAUUGGUGAAGAAUGUAGAAGAAUUGAAGAAAUGGAAGUCUAAGAAGAAGCUCACGGAGGAAGCUUUGAGUGAAACUCAAAAACGAGAGAAGGAGCUGGAGUUGAAGAAGGACGAGUUACUGAAGAAGGUUGAGGAAGGUAACAAGACGGUUUUUGCUUUGAAUGAGAGAACCAUGAAGCCUAGUAAUGGAGUCAGAGACACAAAUGGUGGUGACCAAAAGGGUUCCUUGGAAGCUGAGUAUCAGUGGCCAGUGGUUGCUGCUGGAUCAGUUGGAGCUGCUGGUUUGGUUGCAGCGACCUUUUUCGUCUGCUAUUCUAAGCUAAGGUGAUUUUGAUGAAUAUGUUAGUGAAAGAAUAACUGAUGACCAAGUUCUUAAGAUUGAUAUCUGGGAUGGAAUUAUAUAGGUUGGCUACAAAUUUGUUUUGGGUUUGGAUUUGAGUUUGUGAUGUUUGUUGGUUGUUGGCUAUCAUACUUUUGUUGAUGAGAUCAGCAUUUGGUAACUGUUCUUUAUCACUUCUACUCUGUCUUAAGAUUGAUUUCAGGAAUGGAUUUACACAGGUUUGCCACAAAUUUCUUUGGGUUUGGAUUUGAGUUUGUUAUGUUUGUUGGUAGUUUGGCUAGCAUGGUUUUGUGAAUGGGAACAGAUAAAAACUUCACCUUAUAAUAUGCCACAAAAUGCAUUUCGGAACCGUUCGUCAUCACUUCUUCUUGUCUUCUAUUUACUGGAUUUUAAGAGAAACAUGAUUCAAACAGA